GGGCAGCAGCUAGUGCCACUUUCUCUGUUCCAUAUUUCAGCCCUCCCAGAGCCAGAACUGAGCCCAGUGGGAGCAUAUCCUGGGGCAGCCUGGAUUCCUGGGGUGUCCCCGGCAGCCACACGCAGUCAUGCACUAUCCAGCUGCACUCCUUUUCCUCAUCCUGGUCAAUGGGGCCCAGGCCUUUCGCAUCUGUGCCUUCAAUGCCCAGCGGCUGACGCUGGCCAAGGUGGCCAGGGAGCAGGUGAUGGACACCUUAGUUCGGAUCCUGGCUCGCUGUGACAUCAUGGUGCUGCAGGAGGUGGUGGACUCUUCCGGCAGCGCCAUCCCCCUCCUGCUUCGAGAACUCAAUCGAUUUGAUGGCUCUGGGCCCUACAGCACCCUGAGCAGCCCCCAGCUGGGGCGCAGCACCUACGUGGAGACAUACGUAUACUUCUAUCGGUGAGCACGGAGUUGGUGGCGCAGCAGGACAGGGGGCGGGGAGGGGGUGGGCACAGUCCUUGGCCCUAAUGUGAGGUAGGCUCGUUAGUCCCCAGGGUCACAGGCCCCCCAUCCUGGGACAGCCUUAUCCGCUUAGCAUGCUUUUUCUUCUCAACACCUUUUAUUCUGGACUCUUCCCAUCCUCAACCCCCACCAGAGUGUCCACAGAGCAGGAGGCCUUCCUUCUCUAAGCACAGAUGUGGGGUCCCUCCCCCUGUCUCCUGUGGGAGCUGCUGGGGCUCAGGGCGUGGCUGACCCCCUCUAUGAAAGUGGCCAGCAAGAGCUGCAGCUCCUGGGAGGAGGCUCCGUGGGGACCACUUGUGGGCCUUGGGUAGACCCGAUCUUCGAAGUCUCUGGGAGGACAGGCUGGCAGGGAGCCCUUUGGAAUCAGGAUCCAGAGGGCAAGGGAGGCUGCAGGGAAGGAGAACUGAUUCUCUAUGUAAAUAAAAGUAUAUGACAUCUGGUAUUUGCUCCAAAAUAACUGGGUAGGCAGGAUAUAGUGGCUCAUGCCUGUAAUGCCAGUGCUUUGGGAGGCUGAAGCAGCAGGAUCACUUGAACCCAGGAGUUCAAGGUUG